ACAUUUACUAUUAAAAUUAAGCGGAAAACUCACCGCUCUUCGACUUAUGUGCCAAAUGGUGGUACGCCGCCAUUAUUUGUCUUCAGAGAUCACUCCAACAAUUUUACAACACUUUUAUCGUGUGCUAAUGAAGAUGUUACUUUUUACGGACCCCGAUUUCGUGAGCACCGCAACCAUUGGAUGCGCUAACAUCUUCACUAUUCCUUUGCCCGGCUGCAACCUCGUGCUCUUUCCGUUACUUGAAAAAGUAGAAGCACUGUUAAGCGAGCCAACUCUUCCUAUUUCAGUCCGUUCAGCUUGUAUGGAAAUUCUUUCGUCCCUAAUUGGAAUAUCUCAUGACCCGUCGGAAGCCGCUUUUUUUGAACUUCAAACGUUUUCAGACCAUGAAAAAAAUCACGUGCUUUCCGACUGCAAACUUGCUAGCUUGGACCAUUCUUCAGCCUCUCAUCUUAUUUUUAGACGAGUAUUUGGCGUACUAAAGCUGCUCUGUUCCUCUUCUAACCCUCAUAACUUGCAAGGACAAGCCAUCCACAUUAUGGGGAUGCUUAUCUACUUCAACACAAAAAAAAGCGAUACCUGCUUGCUAUUAAAAGAACAGUUUUUUGUGGAGCUUCUUGCUUCAACUUUCGUACUGAUACGGAGCAAAAGUUCUUCCGUUUAUUCCGCUGCAAUAAACAUCAUCAAUCUAUUUUCCCAACACAUCUUACACGCGCGCUAUAAACACGAAAAAGAAACUCCGCAUGAAGUCACGAAAGCGCCCACUGUACCGCCUUGGUUGGACCUGACUGGCUUCAUUGUAAUGAAUGAAUUAUCGGAUGUUCUACUUGAAUCGGUUAUGAAAACCAAUGAAAAGGAGAGUUUAGAGGGCGUGGAGAAGAAGCUUAAAAUGCUCCUGAUAUGUUCCUUAAACUGGAUGAUGGCCUUCCCUCCGAAUUACUUCGAUCAGUCUAACAACAUCUCAAAGUUUUGCUGUAUUCUGAAAAUUCUUAUUUACGAAAGUAUAGUCGAUCUUUCCUUGGAGAGGUUAUUUGUUGAUCUCAAAAUAAAACAGGAGUCUGGCUUGGAUGCCGCGCUCAUUAAUCGAGCAAUCAGAGCGUUAACUGCAGCUCCUGACGUUACCACCCUUUUUCAUCGGCUUGGCAAUGAGCCUUUCUAUAAAGUCUCCGAGGAAGUUAAGGUGACGGCCAAGUAUAUUAUGCACCACAUGUGGAAUAACCUCAACAAUUAUCCUCCACAUUCUGGAGUCACCUGCAUCACGAGCAUACUAGUGGAGAUGGCCUCGCCCGAGGAUCCUUCAGAAUUUGACCCAAAAAUCUUAACAAACCCCAACAUUCAGUUCUUUGUUUAUGGGCCUUCAACAAUACUUUCUUUUGUAGAACAACCGUCCGACGUUGCUCUUCACGAAAAAGGGUUGCACAGAAGUUCUUCUCAACUUUUCGUGCGAAAUUUAUUUGGUAAGUACUCGUGGGAAUGUCAAUUUUCGUACCGAGAGACUUGCCCGCAAGAGGAACGAUUUAACAAAGCACAGGAAAAACUUAAUGGGGCGGACAACGAGCCGGUAGAAAAAAAAGAGGAGUCUUCGGCGCCUUCCGGAGAAUCCGAGCGUCCUCCUAGAAGAAAGAAACGUACCAAAGUUCCAACCUACAAGAACUUUACUGACAGCGGCGGCGUAGACAUUCUUGGCGCUCUACUUGAAUACAUAGGAGAUACAGGCCCCGAAGUUUUAAAAGAAGAGAAAACUUUCCUAAAUUCACCAGCAAAAGUCCCAGAGUUUAUGAGUCUAGUCGCACCGGUUGCUAUGGAUCUUAUACAAGAGAAAAGUCUUUUAAAAGAAAACAUUAGCAAAGAAAGUUUUACUCCAUCAAUUUGGGACAGCCCGAAUUCCGCUCAGCAGACAUUAGCAAAGGGCCAUACUCGGUUCCAGAUGUCACGUGCGCUAUUUCGUAUGGGCUUCUUGUCUUAUGAAAACCGCCAGCAUUUUUUCUUACUUGAAAAAAAUGAAGGUCUUCUACGCCGCUUAAGACAGUUGGACCGCACAGGAAGCCGGGAGACGCACAAAAUCGGCGUUAUGUAUAUUGCGCCUGGGCAAGAGCAUGAAACGUUAAUUUUAAACAAUCAAGCUGGAAGUAAACUUUAUGAAAACUUUCUAGCGUCCAUCGGCUGGGAAGUUGAGCUGGAGACUCAUAAAGGCUUCAACGGCUUUCUGGAUCCCAAAUCCAACGGGGAGACGACUGUUUACUACGCAAAUUCAAUUGUGGAGAUGGUAUUUCACGUGGCGACCAGAAUGCCCACUGAAGAAAACUUUUCGGUAACCAAAAAAAAGAGGCACAUCCACAACGAUCGUGUCCAAAUAAUAUGGACCGAGCACUGGAGAGACUUUCACCCGGACAUAAUGAGAACCGAAUUUAAAGAUGCUCUCAUCGUCAUCAGACCAUUACUGAACGGCUUGUUUGCUGUUAAUAUUUUAAAAGCCGAGGAGGUUCCGCCGUUUGGACCUCUCCAGAACAACACGGUAGUCCCCGAGGCUGCCCUGCCCGGCCUCGUGCGCGAAACGGCCAUUAAUGCCAGCCGAGCCGUCAUGACUACGAUUCCUAGUUUCCAUAACUUUUUCCAGCAAAGAGAUGUUCUUUUAACCGAAAUCAAAGAAAAGCACAAAAUGAGACAAACUUUUGAGGAGUUUACCAGCGUUAUCAUCAAUCCAAAGUCAACUCUCCAACAGGUUGUAGACUUACUGGCGGACAUUACUUUGCAGCCCUUAGAUUUAAAGCUCACUUUGGUGUGCUUAGUUAACCAAAGCGAGAUGUAUGCCGUAAGAUAA